AUCGUUGUGUUAAUAGAUGAAUUAACGUUUGAUUAUUUCGCUCAACUGUUUUUAAAUGUCAGUUAUACCUCAAUAUCUUGAUGAAAGUCAAUUGACAUUUAAAUAAUUAUUGACAUAAACGUCAGUGAGAAAUAUCUGGAAAUGGCAGACACUGAUCCACAAUUAAAAGAACUUUUAUUCCCAGCAGAAGAGACUUUAUUUGAACAAUUUUUAAGGUUUGGAUUAUAUAUUAGUGCAUUAUACCAAAUUAUAUGUCUAUUGGCAAUACUAGUGGUUUUUCAAAGGGGCCCUUCCGAUGGUAUAGCUGCUUUAAAGGAUGAUCCAAGCGACGUAGAGUGUUCAGAAAAUAGUCCUCAAGUAACCCCAAGGAGACCUCAUAGACCACGAAAACAAGAAAAAAAAAAAAGACGCUGAAUUGCUUCUUUACCUGUACAAAAAAUACAUUAUUGAAUCAUUUUUAUAUUUCUUAGGAAAACUACAUUUAUAUAUUAUUAUUUGUACAAUUCUAAUGAAGUAUUGUAUGCUAAAUAUAUCGAUUACAUUUUAACUAUUUAAGAAAUAUUUAAAAAUAUGAAUGAAAUAAAAUUGUUUUUACAAAAACAUA